AUGGGGGAUCCCUAUCUCGUCGCGGCGAUUCCAGCCUCGAUCGAUCGCCUCGCGCCUCAUUGCCCUGGCGCUGCCGCCCAAGAGGGUUUGGCAUUGGCGCCCAAGGGGAUUCGUUUGGGUGAGAUUCGCGAAUGUGAGAGGGCGGAGCGAUCCAUCGAUCUCGCCAUGGAUUCCGACGGUAAUCUCCUGGCCGAUCUCGUCAGGGAGCCAUGGGUCGACGGGGCGGAGAUCGAGAUGGAGCAGGCGGCGAUGGUGGAAGCGUGGCUGGACAGGCUGCUUGUCAAGAUCCUCGCGGCGGCGGCGGCAAGCUUUCACGGUGUCAAUGGCGGUGAGUCACAGGGAUUCCAGAGUGGAUUGAAGCGGUCGGGGCUGGACAGGAAGAAGCUGAUUGAGAGCAAUGGAUUGGAGCCGCGUCAGGUGGAUCUGCUCUACCGCGGCCUCUACUUCCAUUCCAUCGGGAUGUUUCGCGUGCUCACAGAGUUGAAUCUAGGCGAGGAGACGGCUCAAAAGGUCAUGGCAGCAUUCAAGCUUCUCACGAGCUAUCUUCCAAAGCUUGAGAUGGAGCCUAUCAAGUAUAUGGGAAAUGGCUCUAGUAGCAAUCGUGCGAGGACAAAGCUGGAAGUAAGCUACAUGCAACUCGUCCAGAGAACCUCCGCGGAGAAGUUUGCACGGACGGAGGAGAAAGAAACUUUCGAGGCGAAGAUUCGCGAGCUCGAGGCAAAUGUUUUGGAGAAGCAGCAGGAGAUCCAGUCUCUGAGAGAAACGGUGUGUGAGCGCGACCAGGAGAUAGAAAGCUGCAAAAAGAGCCUCAAGGAUACGAAGCUCGCGAACGAUGCUCUCAAGGCGGUGAUGAUCCGGCAUGAGGAAGAGCUAACGAGGCUCCAGGAGGAGUGUCCCGACGAUUUGAAAGAGCUGGUCAGGCUUAGAGAAGAGAACGAACUGGCAUCCAAAAGGCUGGCGGACAUCGAAAGACAGCUUCGCAGGACGAACGACGAGCUCGAGGAUGCCGCCUUCAACACUGCGGAGCUCAAAAAAGUCAAAGGGAUUAACGAGAAGCUCACGUCGAUGCUGGCGACGGCAGAGAAGGAUCUCAAUGCCCGGACAAAGCUGCUCAAUUCUGCCAACGAAAGCAUGGAGAAGCUAGACAGGGACAACUAUGCCUUGAAUGAGCUCUACCACGAAGAAGCAAAAAGGUGUGCAGCAUUGCGCCUUCAAGUGCAGGAACUUCUCGAAGAAAAAGAGAUUCUCACUCGCAGCUCAAUGAAUGCCAAGCUUGUCGCCGAAGUAGAAGCAUUGCAGAAGAAAGUCCAGCAACUUCUUGUAGAAAACGAGAAUUACCGUUCUACCUUAGCUGCAGCAGACAAAGGCGAAGUUCAAAGCCUAAAAGCAGUCAUCGAAGGUGUGUGACCAGUGUAGUCACUAACCCGCGGCCUCAACACUUAAAACUGUUUGUAUAUGGAACGGGAGGAUUUAAAGGGAGCGUACUCUUUCAUGAAAGAGAGGACUGG